GGUUUCCUCUUUCUUUCUCCACGCGUUCGCUUCCUUCCUUCUAGCUGUGUUCCUUCCUUCCCCGUUCCUUUACCUUCUUUUCUUCUUCCGACCUCCCGGAGAGAGAAAGGGAGAGAGAGAGAGAGAGAAAAAAGGGGGGGAUCAUGUCGGUGCUGGGUCGGUGUUUGGGCGAGCGGCGAGUGCGGCAGCUGCAGAGGACGCUUCGAAACGGCCGCCUCACCCUCAUCUGUCUCGUCCUGACCGUCGUCGUCCUCCGGGGAACCAUCGGCGCCGGACGCUUCGGCACCCCGGAGCAGGACCUCCACGACCUACGCCGCCUUCUCCACCGCCAGCCGCAACUCCCCCACCGCGCCCUCACCGAGAAGCACCCUGACGCCUCCUCCGCCGACGGCGAAGACGAUCCCCCUCGCGAUCCCUCCGCUCCCUAUUCCCUCGGCCCCAAGAUCUCCGACUGGGACCGACAGCGCGCCGAUUGGCUCCGCGGACACCCCGGUCGGCCCAGCUUCGUGGGGCCCAACAAGCCGCGCGUGCUCCUCGUCACCGGUUCUUCUCCCCAGCCCUGCGAGAAUCCCAUCGGCGAUCAUUACCUGCUCAAAGCCAUCAAGAAUAAGAUCGAUUAUUGCCGCGUCCAUGGCCUAGAGAUCUUCUACAACAUGGCUCUCCUCGACGCGGAGAUGGCCGGAUUCUGGGCCAAGCUGCCGCUGAUUCGCUCACUUCUUCUCGCUCAUCCCGAGGUGGAGUUCCUCUGGUGGAUGGACAGCGACGCUAUGUUCACGGACAUGGCCUUCGAACUCCCUUGGGAGCGCUACGCUCCCUACAAUCUCGUGAUGCACGGUUGGGACGAGAUGGUCUACGACGACCACAACUGGAUCGGUCUCAACACCGGCAGCUUCCUGCUUCGCAACUGCCAAUGGUCGCUCGACCUCCUCGACGUCUGGGCGCCCAUGGGACCUAAGGGAAAGACUCGAAUCGAAGCCGGCAAGGUCCUCACCGCCUACCUCAAGGACAGACCUGUCUUCGAGGCCGACGACCAGUCGGCCAUGGUCUAUCUCCUCGCCACCCAGCGCGAACGUUGGGGCGAAAAGGUCUACCUCGAGAGCGGAUACUACCUCCACGGGUACUGGGGCAUCCUCGUCGACCGCUACGAGGAAAUGAUCGAGAAUUACCACCCGGGACUCGGCGACCACCGCUGGCCCCUCGUCACCCACUUCGUCGGUUGCAAGCCCUGCGCCAAAUUUGGCGAUUAUCCGGUGGAGCGCUGCCUCAAACAGAUGGACCGCGCCUUCAACUUCGGCGACAACCAGAUUCUACAGAUGUACGGCUUCACUCACAAAUCACUCGCGAGUAGAAGGGUGAAACGGAUCAGGAAUGAGACGACCAACCCUUUGGACUGGCAGGAUGAACUAGGACUGCUCCAUCCACAUUUCAAGGCUUCAAAGGACGCUAAAUCUUGAGUAAAAAAACUUACUUUUUUGAUCAUUUUCUUCCCAUCUAGUUGAAUUUAGGCAUGUUCUCAUCUGCUCGAUCGAUCGUUCGUUAUCUAUACAAAGAUAUAUAUAUUUAUAAUAUGAUUUUGUUGUAGUGUUGUGUAUCAAACAGUUUGAUGGCAUAUAUCAAUAUGCUUGUAACCA